AUGAAGACCUGUCAGUUCUGGCUGAAAUGUUGUAUUAUUUUUAUACUUAUGUGUAUUUGUAUUCUAUUGAUGACUAUUAAACCAAAACAGCAACAAGUCGAAAUCUUCAAAAAAAAUGUAAAUGAAAAGCUGUUCAAAGUUCUUUUAGAGCUCGAUUUUCUACAAAAAAAUAAUGCUGAAUUAAAUCAUCGAAUUCUCGUCUCAACUCAAAGGCUGAGGAUCGUCACAAAUAGUUACUCAAAGAAAAAAAAAAUAGAAGGCCCCUCCAAAGAGUAUGAACUAUUACGUCGCCGUAUUUAUUUCAACACGAAGGAAUUUUGGUACUACGUCAGUUAUGAACUACGAUUGUUGGCUAGAACUGUCAAAGGCAUAAAACCGUUCACAAUUCAAAUGAUAAAAAAUAUCAACGAACAAUAUUUAUCGCUAUUGAACGACAUCGCCAAAUUGGCAACUGUCGACGACCAUGCACAGUGGAGACGGAAAGAAUAUAUCUAUUUGAGAACUCUAGUCCAAAAGAGACUGAGAUUUUUACAAAAUCCGGAAGACUGUUCCAAAGCGAAAAAACUCUUUUGCAACUUAAUCUCGGACCGUCGGUCAUGUGGAUAUGGUUGUCGUCUACAUCAUAUCGUCAAUUGCUUGGUCGUCGCAUAUGCUACCAAGAGGACAUUGUUCCUAAACAAUCCCCACGAUUGGGGGUUCACAAGCAGUGGAUUUUCAUCGCUGUUUUUUCCAUUAAGCAAUACAUGUACGUCAUCAUUGGACAGCAAUGAAACGGUCCUGCCUUGGCCAGGCAACGAAAGUGCCCAAGUGGUGAAUCUCACUCUUCCCAUCGCAGUGCCCGAUGGUUCGAAUCGUAUGAGGAGGCAACUGCCGCCACCGUUCGACCCACUUGUACUGCCCGAAGACUUGAGCCGUAGGAUACGGGUGUUGCACGGCGACCCUUCUGUCUGGUGGAUAGGACAAUUCGUCAACUAUAUAAUCCGGCCACAAUUAUCAACUAUCGACAUGUUUCAAGGAUAUGAAGAGAACAUGGAAUUUGAAAGGCCAACCGUCGGCGUGCACAUCAGACGAACGGACAAAAUUGGUUCGUCUCACAAGCUUGAAGAAUACAUGUACUACGUCGAACAAUAUUACAAGCAACAACAAAUGAAUGGUAAAGAUCUGUUUAAGACAAUAUAUUUAGCCACCGACGAUCCAACGUUGUUCGAAGUAGCUUAUAAGAGGUAUCCUGACUACCACAUAUUUGGUGACCCAGAACUAUCUAAAACUGGGUCCGUCGCAACCCGUGAGUUGGACAAGUCCAUUGUGAAUAUCAACAUCGACUUAUUUUUUUUAUCUCAGUGUAACUAUUUAGUUUGUACUUUCUCAUCGCAUGUGUGCCGAUUGGCUUAUGAAAUAAUUAAUGGUAACAAAUAUGCAGAUGCAUCAACUCAGUUUACUUCUCUAGAUGACGUGUAUUAUUUUAGUGACCAAAUUCGUAGACUGCAUGUUGCUAUACUACCUCAUAAAUCAAACAGACCUCAAGAAAUGGAUUUACAAGUGGGCGACGAAAUUGAAGUCGCUGGAAAUGAAUUGAAUGGAUAUUCGAAGGGAACACAUUUGAGAACAAACAAAACUCUUCUGUAUCUUACUUUUAAGGUAAUACAAAAAAUUGAAGUCAUGUAUUUUGAAAGUUACCCUGAUAUCAAAAUAAGCUCUGAAGAAUUGGAAGAUUAA